AUGAUCAGCCUUAAUAAUAUUAAUUUCUACCAUCAUCCCCCUCCUCCCAAACCUCUCGCACACACCUUAUCUUCUUCCAGCUGGAAGUCAUACCAUAUGCCCUCUGCUCCCCAGCCCUUUUUAUUUUCACAUCCCCUUCCCCCCAAACCUCCUGCCACUGUAGCAGCUCUUAAGAAUGUCCCUACUCAAGAAAACAGCCUGGUUAAGAGAGAGGCUGACUUACAGGCAGACCAUCAAAGCAAGUCCCAAGCCAGAAAUGACCUUGGGGAGUCUCUGCUAAUGCUCCAGGCAGUAACUAGUUUAAGGAUUCUGAUCAUCACCACAGCAGAAGCAGACUCAGGCUACUUAGGUGGACGAUCUGUUAGUGCAGUCAAUACUUUACCAGGUAACUCAGACUGUCUUCAAUUAUCCUUAUCUAGAUGCGAGGCCGAAAAGCAGACAAUAAUGAUAGACUGUGUUCCAAAGCAUCACAACUCUCAGCUACCUUCGCCGGCCUUGUCAAACCUUGCAUUACCUAAGAAUAAGGGUCGCGCUCGACCUGGUCAACACCAUAGAAUCAUAUUUAAGGACUUACCAUCUGAGGCAGCAUGCUGUAGAGAGUAG